AUUCAAAUUUUGACAAUUUGAGAACAUUUGUUUUCGCAAUUUCGCUUUUGCAUUGUUUCGGUGUCGUUUCCUUUGUAUCGAGUAGACACCUCUGCAAAAAUUUUAAGGAGAUUCAAGUUUUCGAGUCCAAUGUACGUAUGUAAUUUAAAAAAUGCUCGGCCAAUUUGAAAAUAUCGGUGCGUUCAUACGUCACUGCAAUGGUACAAAAUUGCGAUACGAUCAAGCUUGUUUGGAGAUAAUAACUGAUGAGAAUAUCAGUUUUUGGAGUCAAUAUGAGGAAUGUGAGGACUGUAUGUUAUUGGAAACUGUUAAGUUGCCGAAGACCGGUGCAGUCGUCCUUGAUACCACAAGCCCUUUGCGGUAUGCCAUCCGAAACGGUGUCGGGGAAAUUUGCAAUGGCACCUAUGAGUUUGAUGAAUUUGGCCAGUAUACUAUCAAUGUCACUGAAGUUAUCAAAGACAAUUGCCAGCCCAGGAUGAAGGCUGAACCUGACGCGGCCUUCUUGCCAAUUCUUACGGCAGUUGUAGUGCUUUUGUCUAUGGCCACUCUCUGGUAUAUUGUGAAGGGCAUCGGUAAGAGGGUUGUGGCUGGGAGGCUGUAUGCUAGAUACUUUGCAAGGGAAGACAACGAACUUGGGUCUGAGACGCGCGUGCUAACGACGGAGGAGAGCGUGCCGCGUUCGCCGACACGCUCGCGUCUCCGCUCCCUUGACAUAUUUAGGGGAUUCUCUAUCGCGCUUAUGAUCUUCGUCAACGCCGGCGGCGGCGGUUACCGCAUCUUCUCUCACUCCGCGUGGAACGGUCUCACGGUGGCCGACGUGGUGUUCCCGUGGUUCGCGUUCGCAAUGGGCGAAGCCCUGGUGCUGUCGCUUAACGCCAGGCUUAGGACUUCGCUGCCGAGGAUCAGCGCUUUGAAACAGGUAGCCCAGAGGUCGCUCCUGAUGUCUCUCAUGGGUAUCUGCCUCAGCUCGGUGAACGCAUCGUGGGUGGAUGUCCGUCUGCCCGGAGUGCUGCAACGGCUGGCCGCUAUGUACCUGAUCGUUGGCGCCCUGGAGUGUGCCUUCAUGAGGACCAGCCAGAAUAUUACACCAGGUCGUUCUCUGUUCCGCGACAUAGCCGCCGGCUGGCAGCAGUGGCUCGCAACACUGUUGCUUGUUGCGAUUCAUGUGUGUAUAACCCUCACGGUGGCAGCCCCAGGAUGUCCCCGGGGCUACCAGGGCCCGGGGGGUCUUCACCGCACGGCCCUUGGAGAUUUCUCCCUGCAGAACUGCACCGCCGGCAUCGCUGGAUACAUUGAUAGGAUGAUUCUCGGCGUAUCUCACUUGCACCAAAGGGGCAGUUUCCACAAGCUGUAUCACACCACAGUGCCACAUGACCCCGAAGGUCUACUGGGCAUACUCUCCGGAGUGCUAGUGGUUCAGGCUGGCGCUCAUGCCACUAGGGUCAUGCUGGUCUAUAAUCAUGCCAGGGCACGCAUAAUGCGCUGGAUAUUCUGGUCCAUAAUAUUCGGUGUGACGGGUGGUGCUCUGUGCGUGUUCACCAAGAAUGGUGGUCCCAUACCCAUAAACAAGAACCUCUGGUCGGUCUCGUAUUGCCUGGUGACAGCUGGUAUGGCGUUCUUUAUCCAAGCGGUGCUGUACUUCCUGGUGGACCUGAAGACCAAGUGGGGUGGACGGCCUUUGUACUAUGCUGGACAAAACGCGCUCUUCCUCUACAUCGGCAGCGAGCUACUGAAACGUCAUUUCCCCCUGUACUGGCACGUGCAAGCGCCGACUCACAGCCAGCUGCUGGCAACAAACGCGGCCGCCAUGUUGAUGUGGCUCGCCGUCGCUGUUGCUCUGCAUAGAAAACGGAUUUUUAUCACUCUAUAGAUACGUUCCAAAUUUGAAAAUGUUUUCCUUUUUUUUGUAUUUUGAACAUUACUAUUAUAGGGCAAUGUAUUGUCUGUUUCAUUGAUCAAGUUUAUAUAUUAAGUUCGCAUGAUAUUCUUUCAGUUGUUCCAGAAUUACUAUUUUCGUAGUCUUCUUUUUCUUACGAGCUUAAUGUAUUGUUAAUGUAAAAAUGAAGGGCAUGUUACGUUAUAAUAUUUCAUUCCUACCAGAGAUUUAAUUACGUUACUUUAAUCCGAGUAUUUAAAAAAAAAUGUUUGUCUCUACACCGACACUGUAAUAAAAUUGACGUGGAUUGUGUUGACGUAAUGUUGGCAACACUGCUUUAGGAAAAACCGUUAUUGUUGAUUACUUAAUCGCGUACUAUUUGAUUGGAAAAAUGAUCUGAUGUUAUGGAAAACUUCGAGAACAUUUUACGUUGGAGAAGUAGUUUCAUUUGUUUUCAUUUAAUUUCACUUUAGGGGUUUUUUUUUGCUUUCCAAGGCUAAUUUGAAUGCUGUAAAUGAACUAAUUUACGCUGAAAUUUGUUUAAUGUUUAUAUAUUUUUGGACUUAACUAAAAGCUGUAAAACUCGCGAUUAAAUUAAUAUUUAAUUAUAGACUGCAAAAGCGGCUGUAAUUAGUUGUAGUUUGUGCCACAUAUUGUGAUAUUAUUGGCGUUUAUACAAUUUGUAAUAUAGAUAUUAUAACGUCCCUUUAAAAUGCUAAAAGAACAUGAAAUUCAAAUCGAAUGUAGAAAUAUAUUUUUAUUUUUAUACAUACCUGUAUAAACCGCCAGCUUUAUAUUUAUCCGCUAUAUUUUCGAAAUUCAAUUUUUUGUCAUGGACUUAACGCAUAAGUUUCAUAGGCAUGGUUUACUUUUUUACCCGGAUAUUGAUAAAGCGUUGAAAGCGCUCAAUGCAGACGUAAAUUUGUCUUUUGCGGUGUUGCGUUUACAGAGAAUCGACUAUCUAAUAAUACGUUAGUUGUAUUUUUUUUCUCUGUCUCUCGGUGUUCGCCGUUAUUUAGAGGACUUUUUUACGGGUUAUUCUUAGUUCAUUGUGUACUCGAUACAGUUUAUAAAGAUUCUGGUUUUUUUGGAUGUUCAAUUGUGGCUAUAGCUCCAUGAUAUAUCACUAUUUAUCCGACUGCGACUGAGAAAGAUGGUAAUCUUUUUCGAGCGUUUGUAUGUAAAAAUGUCCAUUUCGUUGUUACGCUCUACAGCCCAAACGGAUGGACGAAUUUUGACGUAUCAGGUAUAGUUGUAAUCAUCAGAAUUGUGGUAGUGACAUAGACAUGUGGUAGAGAAA